CCCUUUAUGUUUUGCACAGUUUUAUGAAACCGCUCACGAAACUCGUGUUAAAUCACAGCGAUUAAAAGAGUUUAGAAAUAUAUAUUUCAUUACCAAACAUGGAUAAAACUGUGAGUCUACCACACCAACCCAACAAAACCACCACAGUAACUUUGGUGGAGACCAGCAGUAACCCUAGUGGAAUGGUGCUGGUUAGCCCCUACCAAAUGAAUCGUGUUGGGGAUCCUAUGGAUCUGGUUGCUCUGGCACAGCAAGUACAAAAGGGAGAUGAGUUUAUCAGAGCCAAUGCAAGCAACAAACUCACAGUCAUCGCUGACCAGAUAAGAUACCUUCAGGAGCAGGCAAGAAAGGUGUUGGAAGACGCCAAGAAAGAUGCUGAGCUUCACCACGCAGCCUGCAAUGUUGUAAAGAAACCAGGAAACAUGUACUAUCUGUAUAUGCGUGAAUCUGGACAGCGAUACUUCUCAAUUUUGUCUCCAAGGGAAUGGGGUCCUAACUGCCCUCACAAGUUCCUCGGUGGAUACAAACUGCAGCAUGACAUGUCUUGGACACCACAAGAGGAAGUAGAAAAGAGGGACGCUGAAAUUGCCAUCUUGGACAAACUGUUGAACAGACAAACAGCUUUGCCGGCUUGCACAGAGCCCAACUUUGAGAGUCUUUCAAAGUGAGAUGACAUUGUUAACUCGGACAGUUUGGGCCAUGGAAGCCACCAAGUCUUAAAGAACACAAAAUGGUUUUAAUAUACAAGGCAAAAUGUAUGAAAAAAACUUUAGUUUUACAGUGCAUCUGACCUUUUAAUCUCCUUCCAUAGAGAAGAGUCAGUCAUUGGUCAAAUGUUUUGCUUUUACUACUGGGCCACACUGUGGACAAAGUAUAAGGAUCAGGAUCUUUAAAAUCUGUAAUUUAUUCAAACAUUUAAAGGGAUAGUUCACCCAAAAAUGAAAUUUCUGAAGUAUGCACGCUGUUUUUUUUUUCCAUGCAAUGAAUGUGAAUGGUACGAAGCCUUUAAAUGACAGGAAUGGAAUUUAUUUUCUAAAGUAUUAGCUAUGAAUUACCUUGCAAUAAGAUUAGCCUUCCCUCGCAAUAGCUUUAUUCAUCCCUUAUGGAAAAGAACCAUGGUUUUACCAUAGUCACCAUUGUUCAACUAUGAAAAUUGUAUUAAAAUCACAAAAUUUAUCAUGGUUUUACUACAGUAAUCAUUUUUAACCAUUACAUUUGUAGUAAAAUAAUAGGAAAACCAGAACUAUGGUGAUAAAUAUCAGUCUUUCUAUAAAAAACAAAAAACAAAACGUUUUGCUAGUUUAACAUCAUGGUAAAUUUUUGAAACAUGGACAUGUUCCUGCCAAUAAAACAUCGUUACUAGUCAUGGUUACCGCAGUUUUACUACAGUGAAACAAUGUUUAAUUUUCAUAAGGACAUGUUUUUAUUUUUUUGUAGGAACCAUGUUCUUAAAAACCAUGGAACAAAUUAACCAUGGUGUUGCUAUAGUAAAACUGUAGUAACCAUGAUUUUGUUUUUUUACAGAAUAGUUUUGGUUUUACUACAAAUGUCAUGGUUAAAUUAUGGUUACUGUUGUAAAACCAAGAUAAAUUUUGUCCUUAUGGAUUACAACAAAUACCAUAGUUGAACUAUGGUUGCUGUAGUAAAAUCAUGGUAAAUAUUGUGAUUGCUUUUGUCUUACUACAAAUACUACAGUCUAACAUCUCCAUUUGUGUUCGACAAAAGAAAUGUAGCAGGUUUUGAACAACAUGUCGGUAAAUGACUAAAUGUUUGGGUGAACUUUGUCCCUUUAAUGUGUUCUCAAACUUAUUUAAAACUUUUUUACAGGCAAACUUUAAAUAUUUUUAUUUUGAAUGUUGCUUUCACAAAUGUAUCUUUUAAUUCAUGAACUACACAUUUUGGACCCAUUAAAGAUUCAUUCAAUAA